AUGUGGAGAAACACCUUUAGCGAUACGAAUCCCGGAAACGAAUGUCACAAUUAUGAACAAGGAAAUAAUGGAAACUCCCCUAGUAACGGCAAUUCUCUUCGAAAUGAAUGUCUUUUGGAUAGCCCGAACCCCCCCACGAAUCUCGAUCAGCAAGAUGUCCCCGAUCAGCAAACAAUCCGGUUGUUGCAAGUAAUAGCCAAUGCAUUGGCACAGCCUCGACGAUCCCAUGACGAAUUAAACGAACGAAACGUAGUAAAAAUCCCGACGUUUAGUGGAGGAAAUCAGGAUCCCGUUGAAUGGGUGGAUGCAGUAACACGAGCAUUCGAAGCGAAUAACAUCAUAGGAAUAAGGCGACUUGCAGUAGUAGGAGCACAUCUCUCUGGCCUUGCUGCGCUGUGGUGGGAGAACCAAACGUAUGGAAACAAUGGAAUACGAUAUUGGGAAAAUGAAGAAACUCCAUGUCAAAGCUUCGUGCACCAGUUUAGGCAAGCCUUCUGUACCCCGGCUCUGAUCAACCAAUGGAAUAAUGAGUUGCUAUCCCGACGACAACGUGUAGGAGAAUCGGUGGAUCAAUACGCCGCGGAUAUGUUGAUGAUGUUUAACCGAGUAUGCCGAGUUGGAAACCAAUACCCUGAGAUAACGAAAGCCCAAAUGUUUGUACAAGGAUUGUGCCCCGAUUUGUCAUUAGCAGUAGGACCGUUCAUGCCGAACAACCUCCAAGAAGCAAUCGAGAAGGCUCGAACAUGUGAAAUGACUUUUGCUCGAGGGUUAGCAGCAUAUGGAUCACCCGCUUUGUAUAAUCCCUUGAUGUACCCGAUGACCCAAGCAGUAGUGCCCCCAUACCAAGCUUGCUCCACGGCCCAACGCAUAGUACCACCAUCCCAGCCAAUGUACAACACCGCCCAGCCUACGACGCCCACCCAAACCCAAGCUUCGGCGAACUCUGUAGAUCAAAUAAUGGCUAUGUUACAGGAGGCCGAUGGAAGAGGUCCCCAGGGCGCAAGCAAUGUUAGUUCAAUUACAGGAUCCCAUGGAGCAUUUAAACGAGGAAGCGCACCUUUAGAGGGUGAGAGUGCGCAACCGUCUUUAAACCCCUCGGUAAGUAUAAUAAAGGAGGCUUAUAUGGCAAAAAGGAGGCGUGGUAAUGACGACGAACCUGUUGAAGAAGAAACCCCACCCGUGACUAAUCAUAAUAAAGAGGACAAUCAAGGAAGCACCCAAGUGAAUAACCAGGCAAACAAACAAGGGGACGGUAAAAAGGCCGUAAAGAGGAAAGUAACAAAACCUGUUGAACCCCCAGUGACGGCAAAAAUACAACCGUACUCGAUAAUGGCGGAUUUGCAAAAUAAGAAGGCCGAUAUCACCUAUGCGCAACUAUUUCAGGCGGCUCCAAAUGUGCGGAAAGAGGCGUUGAAGAUUCUACGCCCGGGAAGGGUGACCAAGGGAAAGCUCGCAGAAUUCUGCCUUAACCGUAGUGACGAAGCAUACACAACGUCGAUGUAUUGUGAUGCCCGAGUGAAUGGUCGACCGAUCAUUCUGAUCUUGGAUAGUGGAUCGUCCGGCUGUGUCGUUUCUGCGGGAUUUCUCAAGGACUCUGGAAUAACGAUCGACCGACCUUCUACAGUAAUGAUGGUGGGAGUACACGGUGAGCAAAAAAGGCCGCUAGGAGAAAUUGACGAAUUCCCCGUGACCGUCGGUGGCAAAACCAUAACGUCUCGUGCUGUUGUAACCGACGCUGGAAAUUAUGCGGUAAUCGUAGGAAACGAUUGGAUGAAAAAGGCGAGAGCCCGAUUGGAUUGGGAAUCGUGUGAGUUGAUGAUAAGGGAUGGGGAUAAAAAAAUAAAGGUGCCGACUGAGUAUUGUAAACCGGCAAACAUUGGAGAUCGAAUUCCUCGGAAGGAUGGAAAAGGGAAAGCAAAAGCGGAUGAGGAGGAUGAAAGUACCGACGAUGACGACGAUAGUAGUGACAACGACGAAUUAACGUCAAGUGACGAAGAGGAAUAUGAGGAAGAAGAAGGCUUAAUAAGCCAAACUUAUUUGUAUUUUAAGUUCUACCCUGUACAAAAAGAGGCCGACGUUGUAUGUAGGAUAUGUUUAAGGAAAGGAAGUAUAGAACACGACGAAAGAGAAAAUUUGAUAACGGAAGAUAGGUUCGAUAGUGAUGAAAGUUCGAAAAGAUGUUUUGGAAAUAUGGUUCCACGAAUUGAAGACAACAUAGAAAAAGGCAUUGAGAGUAAGGAACAAGGUAGCAUCGUUGAGGAGUGCAAACAGAAUGAAAAUGGAGAAAAAAAUAAAAGUAACAAAAUGAAUAAGGAAGUUAGUACAGGGAGUGACGAACCGUCACAAGCAAGCAAAAAAGGAGAAGAAAACUUACCAUUGUCUAGUAACCAACCAGCUAUAAAGAUCGAACACACAGAUGAAAGGCCUAACGAUGAGAUCAUUAAAGAUAAACAUAAACCAUCUGAUAGAAAUGGAUUAUAUACAAAUCGGUUUAACAAUGGCAAUGCAGAGGAACAAUGUAAUCACGGAUGGUGCUACCAAAAUGGUAAAAACUCGAAUAGGGAUGGCAAAAAGGUGCUCGAACGGUGUUGGAAGGCUAGAGAAGGUCGAGAUUGUGAUGACAAAAUAGUAACCCGGAUGACUAACCCGAUUAAAAGAAACUAUUUUAUGGAUGGAGUAGAAUGUAUUCCUAUCACUUGGGCCGUGAAGAAAUUUGACCAAUAUUUACGUAGGCCUCGACUCACCAAGGUAAUCAACUAUUGUGUUCUGACGUUGUUGAAUUCUUCACGAUGUGUGUUUGAUCCGGGAGGAGAGUCUAAAUGA